AAGCGGCGCGGCUAGUUCAAGAUGGCGGAGCUGGACCAGCUGUUAGAUGAGAGCUCCUCAGCAAAAGCCCUUGUCAGCCUGAGAGAGGGAAGCUUGUCAAACACUUUAAAUGAGAAAAACACAUUACCAAAAUCUCAGAACACCAGAGGAAGAAGCAGCUAUACAUCAAUGGAAACGCCAACAAGGAGCUCUAAGAGGAGUCGUCUGUCCUGUGAGGAGGAGGAGAGGCCGCUCACCUCCUCCAGAUCACCUAGGAGGAGUCAGAGAGUCACCACAGUGCCUCAGAAGCUUGCAAAUGUCUCGACUCCAGACAAGAGGGUUUCCCAGAGGAUCGGACUGAGAUUACGAAAUCUUCUCAAACUGCCCAAAGCUCAUAAAUGGUGCAUCUACGAGUGGUUCUAUUCUAAUAUCGACAGGCCUUUAUUUGAAGGAGACAAUGACUUCUGCUUGUGUCUGAAGGAGUCAUUUCCCAAUCUGAAGACAAGAAAACUUACCAGAGUGGAAUGGGGAACCAUCAGAAGGCUAAUGGGAAAACCCAGAAGGUGUUCAUCUGCGUUCUUUGCGGAGGAACGGGCAGCACUGAAGCAGAAGAGGCAGAAGAUGCGUUUGCUUCAGCAGAGGAAGGUCACAGACAUGUCCAUCUGUAAAGACCUGCCAGAUGAGAUCCCGCUGCCUUUAGUCAUCGGCACCAAAGUCACUGCUCGACUUAGGGGGGUCCAUGAUGGCCUGUUUACAGGACAGAUUGAUGCUGUGGACACCAGUGCAGCAACGUAUCGUGUGACCUUUGACAGGAAUGGUUUGGGCACACACACUGUGCCUGACUACGAAGUGUUGAGUAAUGAACCUCACGAGACGAUGCCGAUAUCGGCCUUUGCUCAGAAGCAGCGGCCAUCUCGCUACCAGAACUUUCUGACCCCUCCUCGUGGCUCCUACCCAGGCUCAACCCAGUCCAUUCUUAUGGACAAUGACCCCCUGUUUAGUGAGACCCCAUGGAAGAGUAAACUGUCUGGUACAGAUGGAGAGACACUGGGUGGCUUCCCUGUCAAAUUCCUUGUGCAAGUAACAAGGUUGUCCAAAAUCCUCAUGAUUAAGAAGGAACAUAUCAAGAAUUUAAAAGAGAUGAACACAGAAGCUGAAAAACUGAAGUCCUAUUCCUUGCCUAUUGGACUGGAUUUUCAGAAGAGGUAUGCCACCAAAGUACUUGACCUGGAGCAGCUCAAUAAGGACUUGAAUAAAGUCCUACACGAAGUGCAGCAGUUCUGUUAUGAUCUGGCUCCAGACCAGGGCAUGCAGCCAGCUGAUCAGCCCAGCGAACUGCGCAAACGCUGCGAACAGGAGGCCCAGGAGGUGAUGAGGAUGUCCAACGAGUUACCUGACGGCGAGCAGCGUGUCCAGAGCCCUAGCCUGACCCAUCUCAUUUCCCGCCUCACUGCACUGCUCCUGCAGAUAAGGUGUUUGGCAGAAGGAGGUGACUUGAAUUCAUUUGAAUUCAAGUCAUUGACGGACUCUCUGAAUGAUAUUAAGAAUUCAAUAGAUAAAUCCAACCUCAGUGCUUUCCAGGAUAAUGUAGAGAUUCAUAUAGCGCACAUACAGAGUGGUUUGAGCCAACUGGGAAACCUGCAUGCCUUUUCUGCCAACAACACAAACAGAACAUGACUGUCCUCUGACACUGACUCAGAAAGCAGCAGGCUCCAAGCCACCUCUACAACCCCCCAUCCCCUCACACAGUGGGAGUAUAUGUAUAUAUGUUCUCUGUUUGAAUUGUUUGGAGAGAACUGUCGUGUCUGUGCGUUUGUUCACUGACUGACUACAAUGGCCGUCCCUCAAUUAUUACCCCUUUGGUCACAAGCAUUCAGAACAACCGCGCUGUAAGCUAUUGGC